AUGUCCAGAGUAGGAUCAAUAAGUCAUCUGGAGGGACCUUUGGGGGCUCCGUAUGGUGAAAGGGCUUCAAAUAGAGCCUUAAACGAGUCAGAAGCACAAGAUAUUGACCGAAAUGUGAACGACAUUGUCGCAAGGACUUAUCUAAUGAACCUCGGUGGUGAAUCCACAGAUGCCGCUGAAAAGGGCGUUUUCGAACCAUCCUUCGAGAUCCCAGUGUCAACUAUAAUUGCAGAGCCGGCCCAAAUACGACACAAUCACAUUGGUGGCCUGGUUGUUCGGAACCAACCCCAUUUAAGCUCUACUAUGGACAGCCGUGAAACUUCAAUUACGAAAGAUUUCCACAGUCACGUGCAUGGCCAAAUACAGGACAUAAAAAUUGCUGCAAAUAAUGAUAACGACAUGAAUCCUACUUCUUUUGAGUCUUCCAACAGCUCAGCUAUUUUACCAGAACAAGAGGUUUCCCUUCAUGUUUCCAAAUUGCAAGAAAAAUCAAAAACCCAAAAACCCAAAAACGUAGAAAACUUACAAAAUCCUCAGAAAACUAAAAAAGCGUUACAAAAUGCUAAAAACAAUUCGAAAAACUCAAAUAAUACAAAAGCAUUUAACCAAGUCAUUGACGAGCAAGAAUUUCCCCCUCUAGAGACUUCCAGCAAAUCUUCCAAACCAAGGCCACGUACCACGGACACUACCAAAUACACCUCAGCCCCAAUACCUAGACCAAAUAAUGGUCCAUCUGCGAGCCAGCUUCAAAACGGUGUUGAUAGAAACACUUCAGCUAUUUUACAAGCAGCAACUACUAGACAUGAACAACUACACCAAAUAUUACAUUCUACCGGGCAACUUACACAAGAACAGGACGAUGAAUUGGAUAACAUUUACUAUGUACAUGAAUUUGCAGACUAUCUCACGGAUAUUUUUUGGGCCAGCCUAGAAGAAAGACUUAAAGCAUGGAAUGUCCCAAAAAGCUUCUGUCUUACCGCUCUCGGUACAAUUAGUCGGAUCGUUGCAGAGAGGGAUUUGGUACGUAUCCGCAUUGACGGUUUCUAUAAAAAAGACGGUCAUUUCGACCAAAGGCACUCAAUGCCAAUUAAAGAAAAAGCCAAAAUUAUUGAGACGCAUCUUAUGGAGACCCUCCCCAACAGAUGGUCUGCAAUCUCCCAGGCCCUAAAUGAACUCCGUAUAUCCAUGAAUUUCAUAAAGAGCCAACACAGGCCGGGCUCAAAAGAAGAAUACGAAGCCACUAAGGACACAAGAGACGAGAUUCAGCUGCUUUCUAAGGAAUUAAGCUUCAUUGAUACCAUGAAAAACGUCAUGGAUUAUUUCACUAUUGACAUUCGAGGCAACGAUCACCUCGACUUCUGUUUUGAAAAUUUUCAAACUUAUGAUGAGGCACCAGCACACGCGCUACAGCAAUCACCUCUUCUGGUAGCUAUGAUAAAACGAUUUGAACAACUCUUCCAAUCGCCAUAUAUAUGUAGUGAGGACUCUUUUGGAUUCCAGCUAAGUCUUGUACACCUACAGAGAGUCUCCAAGAUGUAUAUAAUACGUGUUAAAGCACCACUUCUCUCUUGCGACCACGAGACCAUUCUCGAUAUAAUGUUCCACACAAAGGACUUCACGGUUUUCGACUAUUUCGGCCCCUCCUUUCAUUAUCAAAGUUCGAGGAGACCACAGGAUGAAAUUCCAUACGAAAUACUCGCUCGAUCUACAAAGAAAAUUCCUAUACUUCACUAUACAGAUGAUUUGGAUUCUCCACAUGUGCUGUUCUUCUUGAUCGGUUGUGACUCGGACAUGAUUCCGGACAGACGGAAUAGAUUCUUGGACAAAGUGCAACUCGACAUCAUAUAUUCAUACCAAUUCUGCUUCAGGUGCCACAGUACCCAACACAUUACAAAAAGAUGUCCGGUUCCUAACUACGCUGUUAGCUAG